UGAUAAUUCAGAUAUAAUUCAAAUCCUAAUUGCCGCUAGUGAACUUAGUCUUCAAGAAUUAAUCCCAUAUUUACAAUCCUUUUUGAUCGAAAAUAAAGCGAAUUGGAUGAAACAAAAUUUUAAUUUGAUAUAUCAAACAAGCUUUGAAAAUGAUUCUUUUUAUGAACUUCAAAAAUAUUGUACUGAUUUAAUGACAAAAGAGCCAAUUAAGAUAUUUAACUCAUUAAAUUUCUCCUCAAUUCCAGAAAAACUUUUAAUCACAAUAAUUCAAAAUGAUAAUCUUCAAAUGAGUGAAAUUCAAGUUUGGGAACAUAUUCUUAAAUGGGGACAUGCACAACAUCCAGAACUUCCUUCUAAUGUUACAAACUAUUCGAAAGACGAUUUAACAUUUUAAAGGGUACUUUACAACAAUUUAUUCCAUUUAUUAAAUUCUACUAUUUAACUUCUAAAGAAUUUACAGAUAAAGUAUUACCUUAUA